GUAUUUUAAUUCGUACACUAAGACAGUUAAAGGGAUAUACUAGUUUAACGGCCGUUAUUUUAUCCGUGUGUCAGCUAACAUAGCAACGGCGGAAGUCUAUUGAGAAGCUUAUUCAGGUGUACAUAUUGACUGUGUGAAAACAAAACGGUGAGAAGUUUGAAGCUUAUAACUAACUGUUAUUUUAUAUACAUUUGUUUAUUUUUACAUUAUUUGUUGCUAAUUCAUCAUGAAUGAAGAAAAAGAUAAAACAAAAGGAGAGCAACAAAAGAAAAAGGAAAGACCGACUAAAGGUAGACACAAUAAGAUCUACCGCACUCCACCAACCCCAGAACCUGAAGAACUGCUUUCAAAAGAGCGAACUUUUGUCUUAGACAGCAAUGCAUGCAGCAGUAUUUCUACUGACUAUUCCAAAACGAACCCAAAGCUGGGCCCUGUGAUACCACCUUAUAAUUCACAGAAGGAUAUACAUUCACGGAAUUAUUACGAGUUUGAAGGAGUACCUAAAACUCUCAAGAAGACAGAACAGUUUGAAAAUGGAGGAACGUCUAUAGAUGGACCUGUUUUAGAUUAUUUUCACGAACAAGGCACAGGGUACCAAUAUUUGUCAUUAAGGAACCAGUUUGGUGCAGGGCAUUCUUCCGAAUUGACAGAUGGACAUUCACAGUUCAUGCAAGGGAUAAAACCAGUUAUAGGAUACAACGGUAAAUAUGGGUACAGAAGAAAUUCACCAUGGUUACGAAUGGAGCCGUCCCCUUUCGGAACUGCUAGUCGUUCACCUUCUCACUGAAAAACAGGAAAAGUUACUCAAAAGUACUGUGAUAUCUUGCUCAAAAGUUAUAUACAUAUAAAGACAUUGUUUUCUCUGUUUGCUUCAUAGUAUUCAUACCUGACGCUUUACUUUCUUAUAACUUGUCUCUUGAAUGUUAGCGUUAAUAGCAAAAGAUACAGAGAGACUUUAAAAUUAGUAUUCAAAAAGUAUUAUGUGUUUUUUAAAUCUUGUUUAUACUAAAAAUAAUAUAUUUUAUACUAUAUCUUGUAUGUAAUUUCAAUACAACUGUAAUUAAAUUGUUCAGCAGAA